CUGUCAGGUGAAGUACAAUCCUAACCCAGGAGGAUCUUGUGCUACUUCUGUUUGGGAUUUUUCCUCUUUUUUUUUUUUCUUUACUCCAGUUUGGUUGCCUGAUCUUCCGUGUGCAUACAAACUUUUUCCUUUUUCCUUGCUUUCCUUUCUCCUUUUCCCCUCCACCUCCCGGGCUAUGCUCUCCUCACCCACUGUGAUCCUCCAGCCUUACGGACUUCCCGUCUAUCCACAGACAACCACAUGCUACCCCAGCCUAGUUCAGGGGGGGCCCGCCCAGGAGCCCGGAGCCGGCAGCGCAGACCCCGCCCUCCCACAGGUUUAUGCUCCACCACCUUCGUACCCUCCGCCUACUCAAGGCCCACCAACAUCUGCCAGCAGGCUGCCCACUCUUGAUUUCAGCUCGCACAGCUCUGACUACCCUGAACACCCCCAGCUCAGGGUCUAUCAGGGCCCCCAGCUCGAAGGGGCCGACACCCUGACCCCCAGCAACACGGAGGAUGCUUUGGCCAGCGUGACCUCUGACCCCCAGGCUCUCGGUGUGUCUGUGUCGUCGGGGGCAGGAGCGGGAACCGGAACAGAGGAGGAAAGCUCAGGGAAGGCCCAACCAAAACGCCUGCAUGUCUCCAACAUCCCUUUCCGCUUCAGAGACCCCGACCUCCGCCAGAUGUUUGGGCAAUUUGGCAAAAUCCUCGAUGUAGAAAUCAUCUUCAAUGAAAGAGGGUCAAAGGGUUUUGGAUUUGUGACUUUUGAGAGUGCUACGGAGGCAGACCGAGCGAGAGAAAAGCUAAAUGGGACGAUCGUAGAAGGCAGGAAGAUUGAGGUCAAUAAUGCCACUGCAAGAGUAGUGACCAAGAAGCCUCAGACACCUCUUAUGAAUGGAGAAAUAUCAACAUCUGGUUGGAAGAUCAACCCUGUAAUGGGCGCAAUGUACGCACCUGAGCUUUAUACAGGUGGGCUGAUUUAUAUUCCUAUAACAGUGAGAGCCUUUAUUGUACAUUGCACUGUGAAAGAAGUUUAUUUUCUCUCAAUUUCUAUGUUUGUAGUUGCCAGUUUUCCAUACCCAGUAGCGACUCCUACCUUGGCCUACCGGGGAUCUGCACUGCGAGGUCGGGGUCGUGCCGUCUACAACGCCAUUCGUUCUGCAGCUGGCGCGCCUGCUGCUGUUCCCGCCUAUCCGGGGGUUGUAUAUCAGGAUGGACUCUAUGGAGCAGAAGUUUAUGGAGGUUAUCCUACAGCGUACAGAGUGGCUCAGUCUGCAUCUGCUGCUACAGCAGCCUACAGUGACGGAUACGGACGGGUUUACGCCGCAGCAGCCGACCCUUAUCACCACUCAGUUGGACCAACAACCACAUAUGGAGUCGGGACGAUGGCCAGCCUGUACCGAGGAGGAUACAACCGCUUCACCCCCUACUGAGCCUCCCAAAUGUUUGCAUCUGCCAUGAACUCUGGGACUGGGAUAGGUCAUGAUAUCUUAAAGCUUGGAAAUGUCCGUUUUCUUCCACAGAGACGAACCAGAGUGUUACUGUGGAUCCCUUAGGACCCGUUUAUCUGCUGAAGAAGAGGAUCUUAUGUAAUUUAUUAGGCCUUUACCUGAGUUUGUUUGAGUGAACUGAUUCUACAGAGACAUUGGCUGGUGAUAAAUGCUGUGAGACUAGUUGUUGUGUUUUAAAAUCAAAACAUUUCAGGGGUCAAAGUGUACAAAACAACAUUUUGUACAAUGUUAAAUGACUUAUUUUUGAUGGUGCCCUGUUUUUGAGUGUUGGUGUGGGAGCACACUUUGUUGUGCAGUGACAGAGUGGACAGACAGAGACACAGCUCUGACGUUAUGAUCUCUAUCAGGGCUGUUUGUCUGGAUGCAGCUGGAAUCAAGUCUCUUCUCACCCUAACCAUCUACCUCUCAAUCAUUUUUAGUUUCAUACAGCUGUUGGGUUGAAGUAUUUGGAAAUUUUUUUUGUUUAUCGUACACCUUUUCUGUCCAUGUAGCCAAACUAAUUCAUUUUAUUUUCCAUUAACCUUUCUGGCUUUCAGUGGGAGAACUAAUAUUCUGGGGAUUUUCUCAUCCUUUGCUGCAGCUCUUAAUAUUACUUCCUGUAUUAUUCUUUUUCUGCCUGUCUUUUGUUCUUGUUGCGCUCUUUUUUUUUCUGCUGUUUGAUGUUUACCUCUGAAUAAACCUGAUUUUCUUCUCUUUUC